CCGCGUGCGAGGCGCACGAAAACGGCACUUUACGAAAAAUAAAAAAAUAAACAAGAGCUCGCGCGCUCGUUCUGCUGGACUUAUUUAUUAUUUUCUUUUCUUUUUUUAAAGAAACAACCAAGCUGUUUUUUUUAUUAUUGUUAUUAAAAACCUCUUUAUAUGUAGCCUUAACUGAACAAACCGAGCGCGUUUUUAUUGUCCCGUAAAGCGCCGGAGCGCCGCACUGUUAUGAGGCGAGGAUGAGCCACUCUCAGGACAGCGGAAGCAAGUGCACGGCCGCCCCCAUCUCCAGCUUCACCAUCCAGUCCAUCCUGGGCACGGCGAGCGAGGGGAAGGAGCAGAGCCCCGCGGGAGCGGCCAGGAAGCGCGCGCUGUCCGUGUCCUCCGAGGACGAGUGCAGUGGGGCUGAGGACUCGGGGGACUGCUGCUGCUCCGAGCCCGGGCUGCCCGAGCCCUGCAGCCGCCACCAGCCGCUCAACUUCUCCUGCCUGGGUCCCCCCAAAUCCCUCCUCCAGUCCCAGGACGGCCUGGAGCGUCCCGCGCGCCUGCCCCCGUCCCUGCUGUCUGCGGACUACAAGGAAGAGCACGAGGAGGAGGAGGAGCGCGAGGGCGCGUCGUGCGAGGAGCGGCGGCGCGAGGGCAUCGGCGCGGACAAGGCGGGCGCCGCGGCCAAGAAGAAGACGCGCACGGUGUUCUCGCGCAGCCAGGUCUACCAGCUCGAGUCCACGUUCGACGUGAAGCGCUACCUGAGCAGCUCGGAGCGCGCGUGCCUCGCCUCGAGCCUGCAGCUGACCGAGACGCAGGUCAAGACGUGGUUCCAGAACCGCAGGAACAAGUGGAAGCGGCAGCUCUCGGCCGAACUGGAGGCGGCCAACAUGGCGCACGCCUCGGCGCAGACUCUGGUGGGCAUGCCGCUCGUGCUCCGCGAGAACGGGCUGCUGCGCGUGCCCGUGCCGCGCUCCAUCGCCUUCCCCACGCCCCUAUAUUACCCCGGAAGCAACCUGCCCGCCCUGCCCUUAUACAAUCUUUAUAACAAGAUUGACUACUGACUCACAGACGACAACCGACGCGUUACCACCACCAUCAUCAUCAUCAUCAUCAUCACUGUCAUGAUUAUUAUUAUGAUUAUAAUAAGGAAAAAGUCCCAUAAUGAACGAACUGACCUGAGUCAGAUGUGUACACCGUCUCCACAUGAGCGAAUCACAGCUCGGCUACUCGGCGAAGCCGCUUUGUGACGAAAAACGCGCUAAAAGUUGCGCUUUUUCCGUCAUGAGGCAUAAAAAACUGAACUGGACUGAUGACGUCAACGCAACUCUAGCCAAACGCGAACUCAAAAACUGUGUUGAUGCGUUUCAUUUAUGUGCAAAUGCUGUACACAUUUCGGUCAACAGAAUCCAGUGAAAACCAUUCGAAGGGGAAUUCCACCCACGUUUCAACAUUUCUCAUAAUCCACUCGUUGUAAACAAAAGCCGUUCAGGUUUGAUGUGAAAUGACUGUCUGAUUUUUUUCACAGUGGUGGUGAACGGAACCAAACGUCUUUAUUUACUACCCAAAUCGAGAGGUUUUUUUCUAUGGUGAAACAGUGGUCAGUCUGAGAAAGUAGGCACUAUUUUGUCUGCACGUAUCCCUCCGCCAGGGAGAAAACAAGUUUAAGGCCAAAACUCGAUUUCAAAACUAUCGUAAAUCAGCGUCUCAAGCAUUCGGACGGCGUAUUCAUAACUAUGAGGUAGAUUUUAUUGUGUAUUUAUUUUUUAAAAUUGACUUUCGUCUUUGCACAAACAACAGUCACGUAUAACUACAACAAGGUUGCCAGUUGCCAUGCAGCCUACAAAUUAGAAUACAAGUUAGCAUUCUAGAUUUGCCCACCCAAAAGUGUCCAUCAUAAUUCAGCGACCCCCACCCCCCCAAAGAAAUAAAAUAAAUAUUAAAAAUAAAAAUAAUGAACUGAAUCAAUUAAAUUUGAAAGAAAUUGUCUCGUAGCACCCGAAAUUAAAGCAAAUGUGAGACUUUCCAUUUCAUAUAUUCCAUAAACAAUCUUUCAAUGUUUUUUUUUUUUACCCACAAUUCAACAGUUGGGGGGUCUAGCUGAAGCAUGUUAGAGCCAUUAAACCCCUCAGACGUCUGGUUCCCAUCACCACCACUGUGACCAAUUCUGACACACUUAAAAACAUGGUUCUUCAUGGGU